AUGCCUUCCCUUUUUAUUGCUGUAAAAGAUAUCCAACCUAUACACAAACUGAGAGGUAUUAGAGUACGUUGUGUAAGGGUGUAUGUAGUGCCUGAAAGUAGGGGAGGAGGGAAUACCAUCAAGAGUAUGGAGUGUUUGCUCCAUGAUGAUCAGGGAGAUUAUAUACAUGCCAAUAUUCAGAACACAGAUGUUAGAAAAUACAAAGAAGUUAUAAAGGAAGGACAACUCUAUGAGAUAAAAAAAUUUUAUGCUGUUACAAAUUAUUACAUGUACAAGAUCACACGACACAAAUAUAUGCUUAAGUUCAAUUACAAAACAGAAGCCAAAGUGAUAAAUUCUAAAGGGUUUCCUAUGCAUAUGUUUCGGUUGACCAGUUUUGUUUCAUUGAAAGAUCCAAAUGAAGUGAAUGAAAAAGAACUCAUUGAUGUGAUGGGUCGUGUAGUGGAGAUCUAUAAUCUUGUGACAAGAUUGUGGGUGGUGGGGGGAAGUGAACUAAUUCAAUGUUCUGUAAAAUACAACUUUUGUGAAAGAAAAAAAGUUGAAGAAACCCCUCUAAAAAGUUUCAGCACUGGCACUCUACACUCACAGUCAACAGGGAUUGAAAGUUUCCAAAAGGGUGAAACAAUUGUCUCAACAAUUUUUGAUCUCUAUAAAAUCCAAGGGGAUGGUCAGUAUUUUGUUCCCGCUAAAAUAAUUGUUAUAGAGGCUUCAAGAGGUGAGUGGUACUACAUGGCCUGCAUGAAACCUGGCUGUAACAAGAAACUCAAAGAAUCUGAAGGGUCCCUAAUAUGUGACAAGUGUGAAAAACACUAUCAGGAAGGUACAGCAAGGUAUAAAGUUUUGGUUAGAGUUUUAGACAAAACUAAGGAUGCACCAUUCCUGCUUUGGGAUCGUGAAUUGGCUGAUUUGGUUGGCAUUUCAGCUGCUCUUUUGUAUCAAAAGUACAAACAGGCUGAUAUUGACAUUCCCCCUGAACUUGAAGUACUAAAUGGUCUCUCAAUGCUGUUUAAAAUGGGGAUUAAAAGAGCACAAAUGAGAGGAAAAAAUCCAGCUUUCAAUGUAUUGAGGGUCCUUAGGGAUGAGAAGUUAUUGUCCACCUACUGUGCCAAUUUGUUUGAAAAUCAAGAGAAAGAUCUCAUAUCACAUAUGAUAGAAGAAGAUGAGAACAUUAGUGACCAAUCUGAGGAAGCCUCUAAAGGUGAAGAGGUCAAUAGUCCUGAUAAUACACAUCCCUCACAAACCCAAGGGAAUGAUAGAGCUGACUCACCUACUGUGAAAAGAUCCUUGAUGGAUGAGUUUUCAUCAUUAAAAGGGAGCAAAAAAUCUAAGGCUGCAGUCAUUAAGAAGGAAAAAAUGAACUGA